AUGUAUAUCCGUGUUGGAGUUGCUAAAAGGACUCAUGCUCAUAUACUGGAGCAAGCUCGUCAUAUUCCGUUACCUCACUGUGAAAGUUCAUCUUCGGACGAGGAGGGUGAAUAUAUUUUUGAGAUGGGUGAUCAAACACUAAAGCAGCUUGCAGCUCCAACGUUUGAUCCAAAUUUAUUAUGCAUAGUAGACGAUGAGGCAGAAAUUGAGAUCAAGCCGGGGUUGAUUAGAGCUCUUCCCACAUUUUCAGGUUUCCGUAAUACUAACUCCUUGGGUUCAGUUCACAUGAAUGAGGCUAGCAGAUUUUUGAAGGAAUUUCACAUAGCAUGUCCGGGGAUGAAACCGGCUGGUGUCACCCUCGACCAGCUCAAGUUAAAGGCAUUUCCUUUUGCCUUGUCUGAUGCUGCCAAGGAGUGGUUAUUUGAAGUACCUGCUGGAACCAUCACAACAUGGGAUCAAAAGCUAAAAGUAUUCGCAGAAAGAUAUUUUCCAGCAUCUUUGAUAGCCAAUAUCAGGAAAGAAAUAUGUGGAAUUCGACAGGACGAUAUCAGUGAGCAAUUAUUAAUACAGUACUUUUACGAAGGACUUAGGGAGACAGACAGGAAUCUAGUUGAUGCAGCAAGUGGUGGAGCACUGGUUGACAAAACACCCGCAGAGGCAAAGAAACUGAUUGCAAACAUGGCUGCAAACUCUCAGUAUCGAGGAGGUCGAAAUAUCACGUCCACCUCUAUAUGUCAAGUUAAUGAAGUGGUGAGUUCUAACCUCGAGCAACAAGUAGCUAAACUCACUUCCUUAGUGGAGCGAGUAAUGAUCGAAAAAGGGCAAGAUAAAGUAUGUGGCCUUUGUUCAAUGGUAGGACACUCAACUGAUAUGUGUCCUACUCUGCAAGAAGAAGAAGUGAAUUCGAUUGGUGGCGGUCAGGGGCAGCAAAGACGUUAUGAUCCAUUCUCUCAGACUUAUAAUCCGGGGUGGAGAGAUCAUCCAAACCUGAGAUAUGGUAAUGCUCAGCAGCAGGCAGGCAACUCUAACCUCAGACCACCAGCUUUCCAGCAACAACAAGCUUCUAAUCCUCCACCUGGGUUUCAUCAGCAACCACAAUAUCAGCCGCGACCUCAAAAUCAACAAGUUUCCCAGCCACAAUCUGGUAGCAUGUCUCUGGAAGAUAUUGUGAAGGCAAUGGCUGACAACACUUUGCAUUUCCAGCAAGAGACAAGAAGUGGUCUAAAGAACUUGGAGAACCAAGUUUCUCAGUUAGCUAACACAGUGGGAAAGCUCCAAGCUCAGAACUCUAACAAGCUUCCGAGUCAACCAGAGAGAAAUCCAAAGGAGAACGCGAGUGCAAUCUCCCUGAGAAGUGGCAAGCAAUUAGAGGUUCUAGCGAAAAAGACUGAAGGGCUGGCAGCACACCAAGAGGAACAAGAGACUAUUGUUCCAGAGCAAGAUAAGCAGCCCACUAAGGUAAGAGAUGUUGUUUCUCCUAAUACUGAUGAGUUUACUUCUUCUGUUCCAUUUCCUAGCAGGUUAUCAUCUACGAAUAAGAAGAGAGAGCAAGAAAAGGAGAAAGAGACCCUGGACAUUUUUCGCAAGGUUGAGGUAAACAUACCUUUACUGGAAGCUAUAAGACAAGUGCCGCGGUAUGCAAAGUUUUUGAAGGAGUUAUGCACUAACAAGAGGAGAUUGAGUGGAGAUGAAAAAGUCAGUGUAAGUGAGAAUGUGUCUGCUGUUUUACAGAGGAAAGUUCCUCCAAAGUGCAAGGAUCCAGGUAUUUUUACUAUACCAUGUAAAAUAGGUAACACGAGAUACGAUAAAUGCAUGCUAGACUUAGGAGCUUCUAGUAAUGUCAUGCCUUUAUAUAUCUAUAAAGCUCUAAACUUAGGACCUUUGAAAGACACUCGAGUGAUUAUUCAGCUUGCUGACCGUUCUAAUACAUACCCUGUAGGAGUAGUCGAUGAUGUUUUAAUGCAAGUGAAUGAACUGGUGUUUCCUGCUGACUUUUAUGUUUUAGAUAUGCCAAAUGAUGAAUCCCCUAAUGCAGCACCUAUCUUAUUAGGAAGACUUUUUCUGAAAACAUCUAGAACUAAAAUUAAUGUUCACAGUGGGGUGUUGACCAUGGAGUUCGAUGGGGAGGUUAUCCGGUUUAAUUUAUUUGAUGCCAUGAGAUAUCCCUCUGAUUGUGAAUCUGUUUCUAGUAUAGAUGUCAUUGAUGCACUAACUGAGCAUGUAUUCUUUCUCUCUGGUCAUGAUGGGUUAGAUGUUGUUUUGACUGCGCCUAUGGAAAAAGAAAAGUAUACUGACUUGCAGGAACAUUUUGAGCUUAAGGGGGAAGUUAAGGAAGCUUUUUCCUCUCUGGAAAUACUUCCCGAUAAGCAGUCAAGGUAUGACAAACAGUUUAUGCAGUUACCUGUCACUUCUAACAGAUUGUUACCUUCUAUUGUACAGGCCCCUGAAGUGGAACUAAAGCCACUACCAGACCAUCUCAAGUAUGCAUUUUUGGGAGAAAAUGACACUCUGCCAGUCAUAAUCGCGAGUAAUCUAACUCUGAAUCAAGAGCAAAAGCUGGUGCAAGUUCUGAAGGAGCAUAAAACAGCUCUAGGGUGGACGGUUGCUGAUAUAAAAGGAAUUAGUCCCUCUAUGUGUCAGCACAGAAUCUUAUUAGAAGAGGGAGAUAAACCCGUGAGACAAGUGCAGCGACGACUUAAUCCACCUAUGAUGGAAGUGGUGAAGAAAGAAGUAAUGAAGCUUCUUGAAGUAGGGGUGAUAUACCCUAUAUCAGAUAGCCCUUGGGUCAGUCCCUUUCAAGUGGUCCCAAAAAAGUCAGGAGUCGCAGUGGUGGAAAACGAUAAGGGAGAAAUGGUUCCCACCCGAGUACAAAAUGGGUGGAGAGUUUGUGUAGAUUACAGAAUACUCAAUUCUUUGACUCGAAAAGAUCAUUUUACCUUAUCCUUUAUUGAUCAAAUGGUAGAGCGUCUUGCUGGUCACGCUUAUUACUGUUUUCUUGACGGUUUUUCAGGUUAUGUGCAGGUCCCUAUAACUCCGGAGGAUCAAGAAAAAACGACGUUCACAUGCCCGUACGGCACAUUUGCGUAUCGUCGUAUGCCAUUUGGACUGUGCAAUACUCCAGCGACUUUUCAGAGAUGUAUGGUAAGCAUCUUUUCAAAUUACCUUGAAAAUUUCAUUGAAGUUAUCAUGGAUGAUAUCACUGUACAUGGAGAUUCUUUUGAUAGAUGCUUAGAACACCUCACUAUGGUCCUUAAACGUUGUCUUGAAACUAACCUUGUGCUUAAUUUUGAAAAAUGUCAUUUCAUGGUUCAACAAGGUAUAGUUUUAGGCCAUAUUAUGUCGUCUGAAGGAAUAAAAGUAGAUAAAGCUAAAAUAGAUCUUAUUUCUUCUCUGCCUUACCCCACCUCUGUGCGGGAAGUUCGAUCUUUUCUUGGCCAUGCAGGGUUCUAUCGCAGGUUUAUCGAAGGAUUCUCGAAGAUUGCGCAACCACUAUGCAAACUACUCCAAAAGGAUGUGGAGUUCCACUUUGAUGAGGCCUGUAAGCAGGCAUUUGACAAGCCGAAAGACAAGUUGGUCACUGCCCCUGUUCUACAACCUCCUAACUGGGAGCUCCCAUUUGAGCUGAUGUGCGACGCUUCUAACUAUGCUGUAGGGGCAGUGCUAGGCCAGCGAGUUGGAAAAGUUCCCCAUGCCAUCUACUAUGCCUCAAGGACUUUGGAUGCGGCUCAAGCUAAUUAUACUACGACUGAGAAAGAACUUUUAGCUGUAGUUUUUGCUUUAGACAAAUUCAGGUCUUAUUUAUUGGGUACUAAAAUUGUUGUGUUUACUGACCAUGCAGCGCUGAAAUAUCUGUGGUCAAAUGAUGUAUCCAAACCUAGGCUAAUACGUUGGAUAUUAUUGCUUCAACAAUUUAAUGUUGAAAUAAAAGAUAAAAAAGGUUCUGACAAUAGUGUUGCUGAUCAUUUGAGCAGGUUAGUUAUUGAAGCUGAUGAAGGGAAGUUUCCAGCCAGCUACACCAAAGCACAGAAGGACCGGAUGCGUAGUAUAGCAAAAUACUACAUAUGGGAUGACCCAUACCUCUGGAAAUACUGUGCUGAUCAACUGAUCAGAAGGUGCGUACCUAAUUCUGAAAUUCUUUCUAUACUAACUUUCUGCCAUUCUUAUGCAUGUGGGGGACAUUUUGGACCAAAGAGAACCGCACGCAAGGUUUUAGAGAGUGGAUUCUAUUGGCCAUCCAUAUUUAAAGAUGCAUAAGAAAUCU